CUGUCUUUCAAAAAAUAACAAGGUAUUUCUGUAAAUGCUAAAUUGUGCAACGUCAAUAAAAUAUGAAACGUGAAAGCGAAUGUCACAGAGGAUCAAUUCGUAUUAUGGACGAAGACCAAUUGAGUAUCGUGCAAGCGUGGACAAUUGCAUAAUGUUAUGGAACGACGAUAUCACAUAUGCUAUGACUCCCUUCAAACUCUUGACUCUGCCAUUAGGCGUUUGGCCUUUGCAAAAAUAUAACACAUUUUCUUUAUUCCGAUCUAUUGUGAGCGGUAUAAGUAUGACCGUUAUGACGAUCAUAUUGUUCCUCGAAAUCAAUUUUGGUAGCGGCGAUGCUUAUGUGAAACUCGAUGCUCUUAUGCUUAUGUUCUGCACUGUUCUUUGUACACUAAAGGUAUUGUCAUUCCGCUUAUAUGCCGACAAUAUGAUUCGCAAUUUCUCUUCUGCCGUGAAAGAUUACCUCGCGAUCGACAACGAGAGGACGCGCACCAUCAUGCGACGGCACGCAUUCAUGGGAAGAAUGAUUUGCUACAGUAUUAUAUUUAGUACUUAUGCCGCGUCAGUAAUUUUUUUUCUGCUACCUAUAAUAGCAGACGACGGUGAGGAUAUCCAAAUUAAUGUAACAAUCAAGAAUCAAGGAGCGAAAUUACCUGUGCCCAUAACAUUUUUAGGGGACAUCCACAUUCCUACGAUUUUGUACUUCAUGAUCAGUACGAUGCAAUUAUUCAUGUUGAUAUUUAUUGGAACUGGCAAUUGUGGUAAUAAACUAAUUAUUUAA